AUGAAGAGAACAUGGGUUGAAAAAUGCAAAAAAGUUGAAGAACUGGCAUCUCACUAUAAACGACAUCCCCUGAGUUCACCUUAUCGACCAAGGCUAGCCAGGCCAUGGCAGCCUUCCUCAGUUUGGAGGCUUUUUCACCGUCAAAUUGCAGCUCUUCAACUUGCCAAAACUUGUAAAGAGGACGUCCAUGUAUUUGCCUUGGAGACUGUUCUGGAUGAUGUUGGAAGACGACUCUAUCUUGUGACUACAUACACAGAGUUUUGGUUUUAUUACAGCAAAUAUUCCCAAACCUUGUCUCACUGCUAUGAGGUCAUUCCUGCUGAUACAGUUUGCAAACUUUACUUUGAUUUAGAAUUUAUUAAACCGGCAAAUCCAGGGGCUGAUGGUCAAAAAAUGGUUGCUCUUUUAAUUGAGUUUUUCAUCAGAAAGCUUCAGGAACAUUAUGGUUUAACAUGUUCUGCAGAUUGUGUUAUAAAUCUGGACUCCAGCACUGAUGAAAAAUUUAGUCGUCACUUAAUAUUUUUAUUACCCAAUGCAGCCUUCAAGGACAAUAUUCAUGUUGGCAAUUUUAUUAAGACAAUGUUACAUCCCUUAUUACCUCAAAGCAAUAGUAAAUGUACCCAUACAAACCCUGGACCAUCAGUUCUAGGACCCUCAGAGCUCUGUGAUGACACUUUGAAAAGUUGUACAGCCUGUAAUGGCAACAUGAAUAUGACAGAAGAGUAUUGUGAACUUUCUUCCUUUCUUGUGAGGGAUAAAAAUGGUGGAAGACAACCUUUUAUAGAUCUAGGGGUUUACACUAAAAACAGGAACUUUCGUUUAUACAAAUCCUCUAAACUGGGAAAAAAUGCUGUGUUUGAAUUGGCUGAAGACAACAAGUUUUCUGGCAGGCCUCCGAAGCAUGUGUCAGCCGAAGAGCACAUUUUCCUCUGCUCUUUAAUUAGCAAUGUGAGAUUUACAGACAGCUUAAAAAAAAAUCUUGUCUUGUGCCUGCCUGAGUGACAGGAAUGAAAGUAGUCGUGUCAUCUCUGGAGGAUCCCUUAUUUCAGACAGUGUCAUGAAUGGAUAUCAAUCUUCUCCUUAUCCAGAAAUUGAUCAAUUCAUAUGGUCCCUUGUCACAAGAGAAGGCUUCCAAGGAGGUAUUCGGCAGUGGAACUACUUUACUUUAGAGGAAUUGCUUGUCUAUGACACAACCAACUACCGCUGGUGCGAAAACAUAGGCCGUGCUCACAAAAGCAAUAAUGUCAUGCUUCUGGUAGAUCUGAAGAGAGAUGUUUGGUAUCAGAAAUGCCACGAUCCAAUCUGCAGGGCACAGAACUUUAAGUCUGAUUGUUUUUCUUUACCUCCUGAAAUAUGUCUUCCAUCUAUUUUUAAAGAGGAAGAUGAAGACUGGUGUCUUACAAUGGAUGAAAACGGAAACAUAAAGACACAACAGUUCGCUAUUCAUACAAAGGAACAUCUGGCAGAAGAGCAGAUUGGGACUUGUGAAAGAGGCUGGGAUGAUUGCAUUGAUGAUGCAUGUAUUCUUGAAGCCGCUGAGGAUGCAGAAUUGGCAGACAUAGCUGAUCACAGUGUUGCUGAAUGGAAUUUGGGACAUGCUGAUAUUCCAGAUGAACUACUAUUAGAAGCCAUCAAUGAUCACAACACCGCAGUAGAACAAUAA